CACCCCCCAUGCUUGCUCGCAUCAGCUGAAUCAAGUGACUGCCUUAGACAACACUACAGCCUGGUCCGCGGAAGCAGCUGGGGGUUUCGACCAAGCUGGGCUGAGAAGCCAGUUGUUGGCGCUGUCCGUGGUGCUGAGGAAUUCCCGGCUGCCGACAGGAUGAGCUCCGAAUCAGCAGUCUGCAAACUGCUCGCAGCGAUGCCAAACCCCAGUUAAAGUUGCGCCUCUGCUUCACAUCCACAGUUAGAAUCUUCCGGCGUGUGAGGAGGGAUUCAGUCAACAUACUGUGGACGAUGCCGAUGCUUCUGCUGGUGGAGUGGGCUUUAAGCUUCAGUAUGCUGUUUCUGUUUGUGAUCCUCAGAGCCUAGCCAAGUCACCUCUACUGCCGUAGCAAACACUGUGUAAGUGAACUCAUGUGUGGAGGAGGCGUAAUCAGCCAGGAAAUUUCAUAGAAGGAUCUAAGAAAACGCUAAAAAUAAGUUCAACAUGAUUCUGCUACCGGGGUCCAGAUUUCCACAGGACCAGCACUGCUUCUGGCUUUGAAUUCUGAAGACAGGUCCAAAGCGUAUUUCUUAUGUGUGUCUGCUGUGUUCCUCUCUGGAAGGGUGGGAGAUUGCUUCUUGGCUGUGUUUUGAAAUGGGGAAUAGAGAGGACGGAUUGCCUUUAAUUCAUGCCUGAAAAUGCAUUCUUUGGGUGACUAAAGAGGACCGGCUUACCUAAGAAAUACCUGACCUUUAAGUUCAGAUUGGUCUGUGACCCCCAGCACCACCAUUAACCUCAGAGUGACUAGCCCACCCCUCUUGCAUUCCCAUGGAAGGAGCUGAGUGUGUUUAAUAUUAGGAGAACAUCCAGAAGUCUGUGAGGAGGGGGAUGGCUCUUCAUAUUCAUGAAGCUUGCAUACUUCUAUUGGUCAUCCCUGGAUUGGUCACCCCUGCUGCCAUCAGUCACGAAGACUAUCCUGCUGAUGAAGGUGACCAGGCUUCCAGUAAUGACAAUCUGAUCUUUGAUGACUAUCGAGGGAAAGGGUGUGUGGAUGACAGCGGCUUUGUUUACAAGUUGGGAGAACGGUUUUUCCCAGGGCAUUCCAACUGUCCGUGUGUCUGUGCCCUAGAUGGACCUGUCUGUGACCAGCCGGAAUGCCCUAAAAUUCAUCCGAAAUGUACAAAAGUGGAACACAAUGGAUGCUGUCCUGAAUGUAAAGAAGUGAAAAACUUUUGUGAAUAUCAUGGGAAAAAUUACAAAAUCUUGGAGGAAUUUAAGCCCUCUCCAUGUGAAUGGUGCCGCUGUGAGCCCAGCAAUGAAGUUCACUGUGUUGUAGCAGACUGCGCAGUUCCAGAGUGUGUCAACCCAAUCUAUGAACCAGAGCAAUGUUGUCCUGUCUGCAAAAAUGGUCCAAACUGCUUUGCAGGAACUACAAUAAUUCCAGCUGGCAUUGAAGUGAAAGUGGACGACUGUAACAUCUGUCACUGUCACAACGGGGACUGGUGGAAACCCGCUCAGUGUUCAAAGCGCGAAUGCCAAGGCAAGCAGACUGUCUAGGGCAAAUUCCCGACCGGUGACAAGUGCUAAGAGGGGAUGCUAUGGCUUCUACACUGCACACGUAUCGCACUCAACAGAAUAAGCAAGCAAACCCCUGCCAGCUACAACACGGUCACCAGCAAAAUCUUCUGGGGUUGACAAAAGUGAAUAUUUUACGAAGAGGAAAUCUCUCUCUCUUUAUCUUGCUAUAUAAAAUACACAUAGCAUAUAGCUAUCUAAAGCACUUUUAUAAUUGUCAAUGCUUGAUGGUGACUAGACAACCAAGAUUUCUUGGACAAGAAAGAAAGAAAACAGCCUUGGACAGGCUCAUUCCCAGGUGAUGCCUCUGACCUGCCAGCUCACGUCCCUUGAUUGACUCCAUCUUUACUCCAGUGUGCACCCUACAUUUUUCUCUUGUAUGUUUUCUACUUUGGAAUCUAAAGGGGUCAGAUUGGACUACACGGUAAAGUUUUGUGUUUUCAUGAGAAGUGUUUGAUAAAGAAACUUUGGGGGGGUCUCCUUCCAGAGGGGAAAGAUUGAAGAGUGUACAAGCCUUGGCUCUCUUGGGGGUAGUUAUGUUUGUAGGCUAAGAAACAGAGAGGUAAAUUGGGUCCUCUGCAGAUCAGGCGAGGAACAGGUAUAUAUUGGGGCUCACUGUUGAUUCUUACAAACCACACAUUUCACACAUAAAAUUUUGAAACUGCCUAUCAGAACCAAGUAGGCGAGCGAGAACACCAUGAGUUGACUGAAGAACCCACAGAAACGGGUUUUCAAAAGUGUAGCAUUUAAUCACUGGACUUCUUCAUGAUGCCAGCUUUGAGCUUGGUUUAUAAUUAAACACACAGCAAAGCCCACCUUGUCAUCGGGCGAUAUAAAUACCAGAACCAGGGUGAGUAGCCCCACUGUGAAUCAAUCUUUCUAAACAUUUCUGACUUUCAAGUUCCAAUUGGCUGAAAGCCAGUCCUAUACACAGCAGUUUUUAUGGUUCAGGACUGUGUUUGCCACGUUCCAGUAACAACCACUCAGCCCUAAAUCUAAAAUCCAGAUUCAGGACACUCUUUCCACCUUAAGUGCUGAUGUAAAUUAAAGAUUAGGGUAGAGUGAGUCUUGCACAAUACAAUUUCAUUAGUUUAACAUUUUUUAAUGUAUAUAAUAGGUACUAAGCGAUUAAAGAGAACCUUUGAAGAGUCUCAAGGUUGCCCUGGUAAUGCUGCUAGUCUAAUAAUGGAAAUUAAUAAUAAUAAAAAUAAUAAUAAAAGAAAUACACAGGGUAUCUGAUGCCACCUCCAGUAUAAAAUUCACAGCUCUGAGACCACAUGGUCUAGUCACUUAUCCCACUAUCUGUCCUAAAAACCUUGGUGCAGAUCUAAUAGGGUCCUUAGGAAACUUCAAAGUUUUCUUCAUCUCCAGUUGUCUUUCUUUUUCUUGUUUUCUGCUUCCACCCCAAUCUGCGUUUCAUGUGGCUUCUGUGAAGGACCACGUUACAUGGACGGAUAUGCUAAGCGACAUUCUUGGAUUUCUUCCACUAGGUAUCAGGAACACCUACCUAGUUAUAUCAACCAAAUGUCCCCAGACUUAGGCAAAAGUCCUUGAGGGGUGUGGGUAGGGAACAAAGUGUUACCUGGUCGGGAAGCUGUGUCAUCUAGCUAUAUCAUGUCUGUCAUAUAACAUGCUGGGAAGACUGCACACACAUGACUUUGUUGAGCCCCUGAGCCCUUUGGAUCACGCACAAACAGUAACCCCAAGGGUCACUCUCCUCCCUGUUAAGUGAUGUUUCUAACACCCACUCUUCGGACACCAGUUUCUUUAGUCUCAUAAAUUAGUUUUCUCAUUUAAAAUUGUCAGCCUCUCCUCCCUGGAAGCACUGCCUGUCAUCAAGAAAGAGUUGUCAUUUCCAAAAUUAAUGUGCUGACGAGCCAGACCUGACACUUUUACACACACUGUGCUUGUGUUAUGAUACAAAUAACCAUCCUGGUACCAUCCGAGGAAGAACAUCCAGCCGCCUUCCCUUAGAACACCAAUUUGCUGCGAGGUUGGUGCCUUUCAGUUGCUACUAUGGAUACAUCAUAGAGACAGCCAUGAAUCAUUCAUGAGCAAUUCUGCAUGAUUUAUGCCUACACUCAAAAGCAAAGGCACUCCAUACUUCCCCCCAUGUCUAGACACAGUUGUACUGUACGGCUUUCUUUGCUCUGAGGUUGCCUAAUACCAGUUCCAAAAACCCACAUUCUUGGAAAGAAAUAAUAAUCAUUAUCAUUAUUACAAUAAAUGACAGGAAUAAGGUCAAAAACUGAGAAAAAUAUACUGCUA